AUGGAGAAGUUUCGGACGGUCCUGGACGCGUUCCUCAAGCACCGCAACACGCUGGGCUACGGCCUGCUGUCGCUGCUGACGGCGGGCGGGGAGCGCCUCUUCUCCGCCGUGGUGUUCCAGUGCCCCUGCAGCGCCGCCUGGAACCUGGCCUACGGCCUGGUGUUCCUGCUGGUGCCCGCGCUCGCGCUCUUCCUCCUGUUCUGCGUGCUGACCGCGCGCGCCGGGCGCCUGCUGACCGCCUGCUGCAUACUGGGCUGGAUCCUGAUAGCGGCUGUUAUGAUCUGCGUUUCGGUUUUUGUGUCUAUCGUCCGGUGCCGAUCUCCAGUUAGUUUUAUGGAGAUGAAGUUUUGGAAAAUCUAUCUGGAACAGGAGGAGAAGGCCCUCAAAAGUCAAGCCACAGAACAUGCAAUGGAACUGGCAACAGAGAAUGUUAAAUGUUUCUUUGAGGGCUCACAUCCAAAGGAACUCAAAAUUCCAAGCACGAAAGACUGGCAGUGCAUUUCGUUACCAUAUAUUUUCAAUUCGAAGGGACACUUCUACAGCGUGUUGCACAAACAUGUCCACAGGGAAGAUAAGAUGCUCAGUAACAGUUCUUCUCAAGAUGAGGUGGUGCCUGCUCUUGCUUUUGUGGAUGCACAUGAGAUCACUGNCACGCUCAGUAACAGUCCUUCUCAAGGAGAUGAGGUGGUGCCUGCUCUUGCUUUUGUGGAUGCACAUGAGAUCACUGCCACUGAUGAGUUAUGA